AUGGUUGUCAUUCAGAGGGACCUAGGCAUGCUGGAGAAAAGGGCAGAGAGGAAGUUCAUGAAGUUAACAAAGGGAAAUGCCAAGUCCUCCACCUGGGGAGGAAUAAGCCCCCUGCACGAGGACGGGCUGGGGGCCAACCAGCAGCCUUUGGAAAGCAGCUUUGCAGAGAAAGACCUGGGAUUUCUGGUGGACAAAAAGUUGACCAUAAGGCAGCAGUGUGCUUUUGUGGCAAAGAAUGCCAAUAGCAUCGUGGGCUGCAUUAGAAGCAUUGCCAGCAGGUCGAGGGAGCCUUUCUUCCAGCUUGUAAAGUUACGGAAACUAGGACUUAGUGAUAAUGAAAUCCAGCGACUCCCUCCAGAAAUAGCUAAUUUCAUGCAGCUGGUGGAACUUGAUUUAUCUCGAAAUGAUAUUCCUGAAAUACCAGAAAGCAUCUCAUUCUGCAAAGCACUACAGGUAGCAGAUUUCAGUGGGAAUCCACUGACUAGGUUGCCUGAAAGCUUUCCUGAAUUGCAGAAUCUAACGUGUCUUUCAGUAAACGACAUCUCUCUGCAAGCAUUACCUGAAAACAUUGGGAAUCUUUAUAACCUGGCUUCGCUGGAACUUAGAGAAAAUUUGCUGACAUAUUUACCCGAAUCUCUUGCGCAGCUACAGCGACUAGAAGAGCUUGAUUUAGGAAACAAUGAACUUUAUCACUUGCCAGAAACAAUUGGUGCACUUUUGAAUCUUAAAGACCUAUGGUUGGAUGGAAACCAAUUAGCCGAAAUACCUCAGGAAGUAGGAAACCUGAAAAACCUGCUUUGUCUGGAUGUUUCAGAAAAUAAAUUGGAAUGCCUGCCUGAAGAAAUUAAUGGUCUGACUUCUUUAACAGACUUGCUUGUUUCUCAGAAUUUACUUCAGGUCUUACCUGAUGGCAUUGGAAAAUUGAAGAGACUAUCCAUCUUGAAGGUUGAUCAGAACAGACUUACUCAGCUAACAGAUGCAAUUGGAGACUGUGAAAGCCUUACUGAAUUAGUUCUAACUGAAAACCAGCUGCUGACACUGCCGAAGAGCAUUGGCAAACUAAAGAAGCUGAACAACUUAAAUGCCGAUAGAAACAAAUUAACCUCUUUGCCCAAAGAGAUUGGGGGGUGCUGCAGUCUUAACGUCUUUUCUGUACGUGACAACAGAUUAUCUAGAAUUCCCUCUGAAAUUUCACAAGCCACUGAACUUCAUGUCCUGGAUGUUGCUGGAAACAGGCUGAUGUAUCUUCCCCUCUCACUGACUACCUUAAAGCUGAAGGCUUUGUGGUUGUCAGAUAACCAGUCCCAACCUUUGCUGACGUUUCAGACUGACACAGACCCUGAAACAGGGGAAAAGAUUUUAACGUGUGUAUUACUUCCUCAAAUGCCUUCUGAGCCUGGUUGCCAAGAUAACCUGCCACGAUGUGGUGCUUUGGAAAGCUUGGUAAAUGAAAUGUCAGAUGAGACAUGGAAUGAGCGGGCGGUGAAUAGAGUCAGUGCAAUUCGCUUCUUAGAAGAUGAAAAAGAUGAAGAAGAUAAUGAAAUGGGCUCUGUUAAGUGGCUUCCCAAGUCUCCCAAACUGUACGGUGGCCAUAACUGGAGCUCCCAGGGCUCUCGCUGGGCCUCGUUAAAGGGAAAGGAAGGUUUCCAUGGCGGUAACCUGUACAAGCUCAGCUCUGCUAAUGAAAAAUGGAGGGAAGGAAGGAUCAGUCCUGAGCAAGAAGCGGAGGAACUGGAGGAUCCUGAUGAGGAUGAACCUAUUUCCAAGUUUUCUGGCAGUCUUUUUGAUACUGAUGAUAACAUAAGGGAUCAAAGAAAUAUUAGAGCAGCCCUUCAAGAAAAGCACAAAGCAGCAAUGAAAGGGAAAACUUUUCCAAGGAGUAACAAUAGGACGCAGUCACCUGUCUCAACAGCAGUAGAGACCAACAGGUUUCCAGAGGACACGAGGGCUGCAGAUGUGGCGCAGCCCCCGCUGAAGAUAACCAUUACUGUGUGCAGUCAAAUGGGGAGUCUUGGUAUUAGCAUUGCUGGUGGAAAGGGCUCAUCUCCAUAUAAAGACAAUGAUGAGGGGAUCUUGAUUGCUCGGCUCCCGAAAGAUGGCCCAGCAGACUUGGCUGGAGUACAAACAGGCGACAGAGUGGUGGAGAUACCUCGAAUAAUCCUCACGCGUCCGUCAACGUCUGAUGAAGAUACCGACCAGUUGCCACCAGAUCCAGAGGACUCUGAGCCUGAGGAAGCCGACAGCACAGAAGGCCAUGCCUAUUCGGACUGUCUGAACAACGCUUUUUACCCUCCCUAAUAAAGUACAUUUUUGGAAAGAGUGUGUUUUUUUUUCUCUGCUGUUCGAUUACAUUUAAUGUAGUACUUGAACCACUAUGCCUUAUUUGUAGGUACAAACCAUUACACAGAGGAUGCAAUUUGAAGGGGGGGGUUGGUGGGGGAAACAGAACCCGUGUUCAUAUUUAUUUGCCUUGAACUUUCCUUCGGCCGGAGCUUGUGCACUCGAAACAGAAUGUUCUGAGCGAGGUUAUGUGAAUGUCACCACGUGUUUCUGUAUCCACUCUUAAGUGCAUUUUGCUGCAGCUAAAUGCAGCGAUGAAGGGAACAGAUGGGUUUUUUUCAGAGAGUACUCUACCCAUUUGGAAACACAAUGAAAGCGGUUGUAUAAGUUUUUGUUUGUUUGUUUUUUAAAUCUUGUGUCCAUGUUUUGUCAAUACAGCUUACCCUUUGUUCUACCUGUGGGUUCCUUUGAAUUGUUCCCUUUGGUGUUGU